AUUCGAACUUCGAUAUCAUGAUUGUAUAGCAUAUUAUGAAAUGGAUACACUUUUGUUUUGAAUAACGCAAAUUACCAGACCAGCGUCGUUAAAAAAAAAAUCAAAUACAAUGAAUAAGCUUACGGUGUUUUCGGCAAUUUUAAUUAUCUUGGGAGGAGAAUGUUUCCACGGCAUUAACGCAGACUAUUCUAUUGAAACUACAAAUUUCACUGGCAGGUGGUAUGCAGUUAUGGCGACUGGAUGCAAAGACGGCAAAGACUGUAAUAUUUUUACAAAUAACGAAAAACCGUGCGAAUGUACAUCAGCAGACUUUAUUGCUCUCCAGGAGAAUGGCUGGCUAGUGUAUAUGAAUUCGAUCAACAACGAGUCCUCUACAGUAACAGUCGAUGUAGGAGGUGCAGCGCCGUCGGGCGAUGAUAAAAUCAUUCAAGGUUUUAUUUACAGCCGAGCUACAAUGCCGUUGAGUGUAUUAUCAGCAUCGGAAUGCUCUAUUACUGACAAUGUUAUUGGACAAAAAUUUUUUUUAAGGUAUAGAAUUACCAUUAUCGGCUCUAGUGAAAAGGAUGGUUAUAUGAUCACCACAAUGGCCGAAAUUGAUGAAAGUAAUACAGACAAGGGCAAUCCGUUAACAGUUAUUUGGUGCCAUAAUAAAACGCCUGGUAAAGAUACUAUCUGGAGGCAUAUAGUAGAGCACUUUAAAUCUCUUCAAUUAGAUAUCCACACAUUAAAGUUUAUUAACCAGCUAGGUUGUAAAUAUCCAACGGAAAAUCAAUACAACGAAAUGUUUUUCUGCUGAUCAUCAAAAUUUGAUUUAAUCAGAUUUAAUCUGCUAAUCGGUAUUGUAAGUUAAUUAUAUAGAAGUAAAAUACAAUGCAUACCAUAUGUAUUAUUGUUGUAUUAUACUAUUAUCCAAUUAAAAUUAUUAAACAUAUUUAUAUCAAAUAUUUUUUUUAAAUUUGAUGUAAUGUACCAAUUUAAAUGUUCUAAAAUGUUUAAAAUAAAAUCGUAAAUAAUA